AUGUAAUUUUGUUGACUCAAUUUUGCGGUCAAAGUCGAUCGAUUGGAAUUUAAUUUUUUUUUCAAUUGAUUUAUUGUAUUUUUCAUUUGAAAACAAUGCCUUAUGAUCCUCAUCUUCGGUUUAUCGACCGGGUUGUUCGAACCAAUGCUGAUAGUGUUGACAUUUCAUCGAAAACUCUUCAAAAGCAACAAGAAUGUGGUGAUUUGGAGCAAGAUACUUUGGAAUGUUUAGAAGCAUAUGGCGUACGGCGAGGUAAAAAACUUUGCAACGAUUUUCUCGAAGAUUAUAAAGAAUGUAUGCUGCAAACCAUGCAGAGAGAACGUAAUUUCUUAAUGAAAAGAGAAAGAUUGAAACAGGUGAUGAGAGGAGAACGAAAACCAAUGGAAGUGUUCGAUCCAAUUAAACCGCCUAGAGAUGCUUAUCAAUCCGGUCCAUUCUAUAAUUAAUGAUUGAUUUUUAUUGUUUAAAAUCAAAAAAAAAAAAAAAUAGCCACAUAUUUUAGUGAUCAAUAGAAUCAUUUGAUUCUGUUUAAAUUUUGUAUCUUUAAUGUAUAUGAUUUGAAAAAAAAUAAAAUGAAAUUAUUAUAAUAAA